UCCUUAAGGUUAUCUCAAUUGUAAUCUUAUUUAUAAAUAUAAUUGUGUGCACAGAAUAUAUGUGCGGAAUUCCGGGAACUUCUCUCAAAAGUAGUCUUAAAACGGAACUCAAUAAUGAAAAAGCAGUGGCAGAAGGUUUCAAAGUUAAAUACAGCUGUGAUUAUAACGACGCGCCGUUUCUAAUCGGUUACAAUGAAAGAGAGUGUAUGGACGGCAUAUGGACUCAAUCCAUACCUAAAUGUGCAACUCUAUAUACGGGCAAAUAUGUCUACAACUAUACCCUAAACGGCAAUGCAAUCAACAUAUCACUGGAAAAUUCUGCCAAAAUUUCGGGACUCGCAGUGAAAGUGUCAUCAAUAGAGCCGAUAGGAGUGGUCAAUAUAAAGCACAUCCCAUCGCCCGAGUGUUUUGUGGCCAACAUAACAGUCAAAGAGACGCUUUCCGUACAUUUGCCCAAAAGAUAUUCAACAUUAUUUCAUUGCCCGACAAAAGACGUCGACUAUUGGACGCAUCCAAUCGUGUCGUGGAUUUUGAUUACAUUCAGCGAGAAAUUCCGAAACUGCGAACUCGUCCCCUCUUUGACUGUUAUGUUGGCCACAAAACACUCGGGCGAUGGGAUGUGCUUUAUAUUGACCACUCCUAUCGGCUCUAUCGAUGACACUUUCACUGCGAGUCCCGAAAUUUUGGCAGAAUUUUCCAGUGAUAUGUUGAUUGCAUUGCCGUUUAGGCGCAAUGACAGCCAAAACAUGAAGCUAAAUAUGCAGUACUUAGAAGUAGUCUUGGUAAAAGUGUUGCACUCACGGGCCGUGAUCGUGAGUGAACUGAAUGUUCUCAAUGGAGAGAAGCAAUGGUCGCUCGUAUUUGGCCGACGGAUCAGUUAUAGCGAGACAAACGCCGAGACAUCACUGCAUUUGGUGGAGACU